ACUUAUUCAGAAUACUGAUUCCAACUAUGUUCCUUACAAAAUAAACAUAAACAUUCUUGAAAUGGAAGGAUCUGAAAGAACUUUCAAUGACGACUACGAGCACAUUGAUGAUCUCGAGUACAUUUUGGAAUCGGUGUUGAUGCCCAGCGAUGGGAGCUUAGAUUUUGAAAAACUGGCCAACGAUUACAAUUCCGUUCUUCUAAACCAAUGUGAAUGCGAAACAUCCUGCGACAGCGUGUCCUGUCCUCAUGGAGGUCAAUAUGAGUACACAACGGAUGGCAGGGAACUACUUCUUCGAAAAUCGUCAAAUCCAGUCAUUGAGUGCAGUGAUUUAUGCAAAUGCAGUAAAAACUGUUGCUCCAAUCGCCUUGUGCAGUUUGGCCCCAGAAAAAAUUUGGAAAUAAUCGACUCUCCUGUAUACAAAUCCAAAGGAUUGCGGACUACGAUAAGCAUUCCCAGCGGUGCCUACAUCUGUGCCGCGGGAGAACUUUUGACAACAACCGAGGCCAAAAGGCGAGUGGAAAUCAACGAAAAACUCGGCCAUAUGAACUAUGUUUUAGUUCUGAACGAGUACGCCAGCGAAGUAAAGCAACAGGUGACUAUUGUGGAUCCUGCGAAACGUGGAAACAUUGGGCGGUACCUGAACCACAGCUGUGAACCCAAUUGCCACGUAGCAGCCGUUCGAAUAGACUGUCCCAUACCGAAAAUAGGUAUUUUUGCUGCUCGAAACAUUUCUGCCAGUGAGGAAUUGUGCUUUCAUUACGGCGGAGAGGGGCAGUAUAAGAACGUAAAUAAGGGAAAGACUUGCCUCUGCGCUGCUCCGAGUUGCACGGGUUUCAUGCCAAACACUGAAAUAUAA